AUGUCACGAGGAUACACAAAAUGCCUGACAAUCAUCGACCAGUUCACGCGUUUUCCCGAGGCUAUACCACUCGAAAAUGCAGACGCUGACACGGUAGCAGUGGAAUUAAUUAGACACUGGAUAUCUAGAUAUGGAGUACCAUUGCGAAUUACCUCUGAUCAAGGAACUCAAUUCUCAGCAGUCUUGUUUCAAGCACUGAUGCGAAUCCUAGGAGUCAAAUACCUUCGCACGACGCCAUAUCACCCAGCUUCCAACGGUUUGGUAGAGCGUCUACACAGACAACUCAAAGCCGCACUGCUAUGCCACAAUGACAUCUGGUUCGACGCUUUGCCUGCCGUCUUGCUCAGGCUUAGAGCAGCCUGGAAAGAAGAUCUACAAGCCACACCCGUUGAGCUUGUAUACGGUGAGCCAAUCCGCAUACCAGGAGAACUAUUAGUUCCCUCAAAUAAACACGCGGAUGCACCAGGUGUUUUGCAAGACCUACAAGCACAUUUUAAUAACCUGGCACCGGCCGAAACAUAG